GGAGCAGCGGCGGCGGCGAGAGGCGGGCGGGCAGGCGGGCGGCGGCGGUUCUGCCCCUCAGCUAUCUUUGCUGGAUUCUUCCGUUGCUGCCUCCUCUUUUGAAGAUGGUCAAGCUGGACAUCCACACCUUGGCCCACCACCUGAAGCAGGAGCGGCUCUACGUGAACUCCGAAAAGCAGCUGAUCCAGAGGCUGAACGCUGAGGUGCUGAAGACGGCCGAGAAACUCUAUCACACCGCUUGGAUCUCCAAGCAACAGAGGAUCAAUUUGGACCGGCUAAUCAUCACCAGUGCUGAUGCCUCACCGGCCGAGUGUUGCCAGCACGCCAAAGUGCUGGAGGACACGCAGUUUGUGGACGGCUACAAGCAGCUGGGCUUCCAAGAGACGGCCUAUGGCGAGUUCCUUCACCGGUUGCGCGAGAACCCCCGCCUUAUCGCCUCCUGCCUGGUGGCCGGGGAGAAGCUGGCGCAGGAGAAUAUCCAGAAUGUCAUCCACACCGUCUUCACCUCCAUCUACGGCAACUGCAUCAUGGCGGAGGACGAGAGCUUGCUCCUCCAGGUCCUGCGCUACCUGAUCGAGUUCGAGCUGAAGGAGAGCGAGAACCCGCGGCGGCUGCUCCGGAAAGGCACCUGCGCCUUCAGCAUCUUCUUCAAGCUCUUCUCCGAGGGCCUCUUCUCCGCCAAGCUCUUCCUGACGGCCACCUUGCACGAGCCCAUCAUGCAGCUCCUGGUGGAGGACGAGGACCACCUGGAGACAGACCCCAACAAGCUCAUCGAGCGCUUCACGCCUGCCCAGCAGGAGAAGCUCUUUGGGGAGAAGGGGUCAGAGAGGUUCCGGCAGAAGGUCCAGGAGAUGGUUGAGUCCAACGAGGCCAAGCUGGUGGCCCUGGUCAACACCUUCAUUGGCUACCUCAAGCAGAACACCUACUGCUUCCCGCACAGCUUGAGGUGGAUCAUGUCCCAGAUGUACAAGACGCUCUCCUGCGUGGAGCGGCUGGAGGUGGGCGAAGUCCGGGCUAUGUGCACCGACCUCCUCUUGGCCUGCUUCAUCUGCCCCGCAGUGGUCAACCCGGAACAGUACGGGAUUAUUUCGGAUGCGCCCAUCAACGAAGUGGCAAGGUUUAAUCUGAUGCAGGUGGGGAGGCUCCUGCAGCAACUGGCUAUGAUUGGCUCUGAAGACGGAGAUCCUCGCCUCCCCAAGGCCAACCUGGGGAAAUUUGACAAGGGCUGUGUGGCUUCGUUCCUGGAUGUGGUCAUCGGCGGGCGGGCGGUAGAAACCCCGCCUAUGUCGUCCAUCAACCUCCUGGAAGGUCUGAGUCGAACAAUGGUUUAUAUGACCUAUAGCCAACUUACUACGCUGGUGAGCUUUAUGCGGAACGUCAUGUCCGGCGAUCAGCUGAAGGAGGAUCGAGUGUCUCUCGAAAACCUGCUUUUAAAUCUACCCCAGAACAAGCCGGGGAAGAGCGGGAGCCAGGAGCUGACCCCUUACAACACCCCGCAGCUCUCGCCUGCAACAACUCCAGCCAGCAAAAAAAAUCGACUGGCCCUCGCCACGCGCAGCAGGAGCCGUUCCCAUAUUCAGAUGGACCAACAUCCAGAUUACGAUGGGUUCUCCCAAGAGACCAUACAGGAAGUCCAGCCGGAAGAGGUGUUGGUCAUUUCUCUAGGGACUGGUCCACAAAUCACCCCUGGAAUGAUGUCAGAAAAUGAGGUUUUAAACAUGCAGCUGGCCGAUGGGAGCCAAGGCGAUGUUCCUGUUGACGAUUCCAAACUCCACGGUAAACCUGAUAAAACCCUGAGGUUUUCCCUCUGCAGUGAUAAUCUGGAAGGCAUAUCCGAAGGCCCUUCCAAUCGCUCCAAUUCGGUAUCCUCCCUGGAUUUAGAAGGAGAAUCCGUUUCCGAAUCGGGGGCUGGCCCGUCGGGAAGUAACGGAGUCGAGGCCUUGCAGCUUCUGGAACGUGAGCAAGCUACCACCCAGGACAACCUGGACGAUAAGCUCCGCAAAUUUGAGAUUCGCGACAUGAUGGGCUUGACCGAAGACCGGGACAUCUCGGAAACCGUGAGCGAGACCUGGAGCACGGAUGUGCUGGGAAGUGACUUCGACCCGAAUAUUGACGAAGACCGUUUGCAGGAGAUCACAGGGGCUGCGGCUGAAAACGUCCUGGGCAGCCUGCUGUGUUUGCCUGGUUCCGGCUCGGUGCUCUUUGACCCCUGCACGGGUUCCACCAUCUCCGAAACCACCAGCGAAGCUUGGAGUGUGGAGGUCCUCCCGAGUGACUCAGAGGCUCCAGACCUCAAGCAGGAAGAAAGGCUGCAAGAAUUGGAGAGCUGCUCGGGGGUAGGAAGUGCCUCCGAUGAUACCGACGUGAGGGAAGUCAGUUCCCGGCCUAGCACACCAGGCCUCAGUGUGGUGUCAGGUAUUAGCGCAACGUCCGAAGAUAUCCCCAACAAGAUUGAGGAUCUCCGGUCCGAGUGCAGCUCCGACUUCGGUGGGAAAGAUUCAGUCACCAGCCCCGACAUGGAUGAAGCGGUGCACGGCGCCAGCCACUUGACCUCUCCUCCUUGUCCAGCGGAUUCCCUCCUCGCCAUGUUCGACCCCUUGGUGGCUCACGAAGUGGUCAGGCCCAAGGUCCACUAUGCCCGGCCAUCUCACCCGCCUCCGGACCCCCCCAUCUUGGAAGGGAGCCUGGGCAGCAGCGACGCCAGGCUCCCCAACUUCACCUCCCACAUGGCCAUGCUCUUCGACUCGGAGGCCUUCAAGCAGCGCUACUCCUACCCGGAAAGACUCGUGCGCAGCAGGAGCUCCGAUAUCGUCUCGUCCGCCCGGAGGCCCAUGAGUGAUCCUGGCUGGAACAGGCGAGCGGGGAACGAGGAGCGGGAGCUUUCGGGGCAGCCCGGGAUCAACAUCGGAGGGGUGGCGAUGAUCGCCGGACCACAGUCUUCGUUUUCGUCUCCGAGCAAAGAUUCCUGCAGGGGAGAGAUUGAAGACCGGAAGGACAGCGAUGACGAAAAAUCAGACCGAAACAAACCCUGGUGGAGGAAGCGUUUCGUUUCAGCCAUGCCCAAAGCUCAAAUUCCGUUUAGAAAAAAAGAAAAACAAGACAAGGAGAAGGAUGACUUUGUGCCCGACCGAUUUCCCUCUCUCCAAGACGACUCCAGCCCUCGGCUGAGCACUCAAGCCCAGGCGGCUGAAGACAUUCUGGACAAGUACAGGAACGCCAUCAAGCGCGCCAGCCCUUGCGAGGGGGCCGCCGUGAAUUAUGACAGCACCGAAGCCAUUGGGGACAACGAGAGCCUCCACGACGCCUUGCAGAACAUCUCGGCCGAUGACAUGCCGGAUUCGGCCAGCCAGGCAGCUCAACCGCAGGACUCCACUUUCUCCUACAGGGACGCCAAGAAGAAGCUGCGCCUGGCCCUCUGCUCCGCCGACUCCAUCGCUUUCCCCGUCUUGCCCCACUCCACGCGGAACGGCCUCCCCGAUCACACGGACCCCGAAGACAACGAAAUCGUCUGCUUCCUCAAAGUCCAGCUGGCUGAAGCCAUCAACCUCCAGGACAAGAACCUGAUGGCCCAGCUCCAGGAGACCAUGCGCUGCGUCGGGCGGUUUGACAACCAGACGUGCCGGAAAUUGCUGGCCUCGAUCGCUGAGGAUUACAGGAAACGGGCCCCUUACUUCACCUACCUGACCCGUUGUCGCCAGGGCCUCCAGACCACCCAAGCCCACCUGGAACGGCUGCUGCAGCGAGUCCUGCGGGACAAGGAAGUGGCCAACCACUACUUCACCACCGUCUGCGUCCGGUUGCUCCUGGAGAGCAAAGAAUCCAAGAUCCGAGCGUUCAUUCAGGAUUUCCAGAAGCUGACGGCGGCGGACGACAAAACGGCCCAGGUGGAAGACUUCCUGCAGUUCCUCUACGGGGCGAUGGCCCAGGACGUCAUCUGGCAGAACGCCAGCGAGGAGCAGAUGCAGGACGCCCAGCUGGUGAUCGAACGCAGCGUCAUGAACCGCAUCUUCAAGCUCGCCUUCUACCCCAACCAGGAUGGGGACAUCCUGCGGGAUCAGCUUCUUCAUGACCACAUCCAGAGAUUGUCCAAAGUGGUGACUGCCAACCAUAAAGCUCUCCAGAUCCCAGAGGUCUACCUGCGGGAAGCCCCCUGGCCAUCGGCCCAGGCCGAGAUCUGCACCAUCAGUGCCUACAAGACUCCCCGAGACAAACUCCAGUGCGUCUUGCGGAUGUGUUCGACCAUCAUGAACCUCUUGAGUUUGGCCAACGAGGACUCGGUGCCCGGAGCGGACGAUUUCGUUCCAGUGCUCGUUUUUGUCCUCAUCAAGGCCAACCCUCCUUGCCUCCUCUCCACCGUCCAGUACAUUAGCAGCUUCUACGCCAACUCUUUAACCGGGGAGGAAUCGUAUUGGUGGAUGCAGUUCACCGCAGCCGUGGAGUUCAUCAAGACCAUCGAUGAACGCAAGUGAGCCCAGCCGGCCUUUCCUGCUCCGGGGGGUGGGGUGGUGGGGGAGACACCCUGAGGCCACGUAGAAGCUCCUCACGAAUGUAUUUCUCCUGGUCCCCACCGGAGAGAUGCCAGCAUUGGAAAGGGAAACCCCUCGCCUUCCCUCUGUGUAAAUACGGUAUUAAUCCGACUAAUAGGAGUGCUGGGAUGCGUUUCUCAUUAUUAUUAUUUUUGUAUCCAAAAGAAAAGGUUUCUUUUCCGCCCCUCUUCCUGCUUUUUCGUUUAGGAACUAGCGUGAGAUUCCAAAAGGGACCAUAUUUUAUAAGGAAUCUUGGAAUCUCCCCGAAGUCUCUGACUCUCUCUUUUUUUUUUUGUUGUCCCUGGGAAUCUCAACGGACGGAGAAGUUUCUUCCUUUCCCCGGGAUGAUUUCCCUUUCCUUUCUCCAGUAAUAAGAAUAGUAAUAAAGCCACAAUAUUUUUUAUUUGUCAAUCUGGGCUGGGAGCGAAGACGGAGGUUUCUUAACCAUCUUUUUCAUUCGCCUGCAUCUUCUGGUGGGGGUGGGGGGGGUGGGGUGGUGAAAAGAAGAGAGCCCCCUCCCCUCCAAAGCCGGAAGGGAAGAGCUUGCAGGAAGCAAAAAAAAAAAAAAAAAGCCGAAAAGGGAAACGUUUCAAUCAUGAUCAAAUCGCACGAAUGGGAAACUCUUUGCUGUCCGGUGGUUGUGCGAACGGCCGGAUAUCUCGGGCGGCCCACGGAUUCGAGUCGGGACACAAUUUCUCCAGAUCAAUGCUUAUGACUGCCUACUGAAUUUAAAGCUGAUUUUUCCCCCCCUCCCUUUCUCCCUUUUGGAGGGAGAGGGGAGAUCAAAGCCCACGUAUUUAUUUUUAAAAUGUGAAAAUUUACUAACACUGGAAGUCACCCGAAGUGGGGUGGGGUUUUUUUUUUGGGGGGGGGAGGGUUGUUUCGUUUUCUCAGUUCUCAUCGGUCUAGGUUUUUUUUUCUUUUUGGGGGUAUUUUUUUUUUUCUUUUUCCAAACGAAAUUCGACAGAGCCUUUCAGUAUUUGUCUGUUGCACAAGGCAGGAAGUUAGAAACAAAAGGGAUUGUGGCAAAGAAAUGGUAAUAUAUAUAUAUAUAUAUUUAUAUAUACAUAUAUAUCUAUAUCUAUAUAUAUCUAUAUAUAUAAAAAAAGUCUCGAUACCUUUGCUUUUUCCUUCUGGAAGACUGUGUAUACUGUACAAAUCCCAAAUGAACUUUUUUCCCCUCCCCGACGAAAAC